CAAAAAAAUUAAAUAAUUUUAUAUCAAGUCGUGAUAAAUAUCGUAAUUUAUUAAAAGUAACAUUUUGUGAGAUAAAUUCAAAUGAAAUGCGUUGGAAUAGCCUUUCUUUUUAUUGGAACGACUUAUUAUUUCGUAAUGCACUAGCUGCAUUGGCUGAUAAGCUUGUUUUAGAUUCUGAUAGGUCUACUCGUAUUGAUGGUAGCACAUAUCCAACUUUUUCAUUAUGGUAUCCAACAUUAUAUUGUUUAAGAAAUUGUCUUAACAAGAUAGCAUGCAAUAUUAAAAGUCCACAAAUUAAAAUAGUAUGUAAUGAAAUUCUAGCCUCUUUAUCUAGACGUUGGGAUAAUCCUGAUGAAUUGGGUUGUAUUGCAAGUUUUUUGGAUCCUAGAUUCAAAUUUUUAAAUUUUUUAUCAGAAGAUCAAAUAGAAAUACUUCUAUAUUUUUAG